AGCUCGACUUUCUCACGCGCGUUUAAGGCCAACACACACCCGAAUCCGGACCCUCGCAGAGUCGUGCACUAUAUUUUGUACAUGCCGUGUCCGUCGACCCUAACCUGGCACACUGUUCAACGCCGUAUCAUAUUAGUAUAGCCGUACAUACAAUACUACAUAUUAUACCACUAUAUAGUGUAAAACUAUCACCGACCAUCUUAUUUAUUACAAUUAUUAUUAUACACACACACACGUUAUGCUCAUUAUGCAAUGCGUGUCGGUUAUCGCAGUGCUGCAACGUUGAUAAUAUCGUCGUCGCCGCUACGGUCGGCACGAUAAGCACAAGAUUUGGAUAUUUUUCAAAGUUUCUGCGGGUUUCCUAAAAAACAUCGCCUCGACAAUAUCCGCCACCGCCGCCGCAGCCGUCAUUGCCACCACACCAUAGCGGUUCCCGGCCGUAUUACAGAGAUGUGGCUGAAACUAUUGUUUGGAUUGCUCGUUGUCCGGUCGAUGGUUUCAGCAAAUCCGGAUGCCAAAAGACUGUACGAUGACCUUUUGUCCAGCUACAAUAAACUUGUCAGACCAGUAGUGAACACCAGCGACGUUCUUCGGGUUUCCAUUAAGCUGAAGCUGUCGCAGCUUAUCGAUGUGAACUUAAAGAACCAGAUUAUGACUACCAAUUUAUGGGUUGAACAGUCGUGGAUGGACUACAAACUGAAAUGGGACCCAAAGGAAUAUGGCGGCGUGCAAAUGCUCCACGUACCUUCUGACCACAUUUGGCGGCCGGACAUUGUGCUGUACAACAACGCCGACGGCAAUUUCGACGUGACGUUGGCCACCAAGGCGACCAUAUACCACGUAGGGUUGGUAGAAUGGAAGCCGCCGGCUAUAUUCAAAUCGUCGUGCGAGAUCGACGUGGAAUUUUUCCCGUUCGACGAGCAGACGUGUGUACUGAAAUUCGGUAGCUGGACUUACGACGGAUUCAAGGUAGACCUGAGGCACAUGGACGAGAAAGUUGGUUCGAAUGUCGUGGAAGUCGGUGUGGACCUGUCAGAAUUUUACAUGUCAGUUGAAUGGGAUAUACUAGAAGUGCCAGCCGUCAGGAAUGAAAAAAUAUACAACUGCUGCGACGAACCGUACUUGGACAUAACUUUCAACAUUACAAUGAGAAGAAAAACGCUCUUCUAUACCGUCAACAUUAUUAUUCCUUGUAUGGGAAUUUCAUUCCUCACUGUGCUGACAUUUUAUCUGCCAUCGGACAGCGGUGAAAAGGUUACCCUAUCCAUAUCUAUUUUGAUUAGUCUCCACGUGUUUUUUCUUUUGGUCGUUGAAAUCAUUCCUCCCACUUCAUUAGUGGUGCCACUUCUGGGAAAAUAUUUAAUUUUCGCUAUGAUACUAGUGUCUAUAAGUAUAUGUGUAACAGUGGUGGUAUUGAACGUCCAUUUCCGAUCGCCACAAACACAUAAAAUGGCCCCAUGGGUGAAACGAGUGUUCAUACAUAUUCUACCAAGACUGUUGGUUAUGCGAAGACCACAAUUCCAGUUUGAACCGAGCAGUUUCAAUGCCGGCUCGAUAGUGUUGAAAGGCAGAGACGUGCAUCCGUGCUACUUCCAAGCGGGUUGCGGAUUCGACGAGGCCAGAAACGACAAAGGUCGCCGGUCGACCGCGGACGACAGCGUGUCCAAAGGCACUAGAGAAACGUCCAAAGAAGAUAUAUCCAGCGACGGCGAAGGAGGCAGCUGUCAGGUACACGGGCUGGUGCCGAGCGUUGUAUCCGACGAUAUAUCCAUCACCGAGAUGACGACGGACUGCAGCAAGAGUUCUGUCCUGCUGAGAAGUCCAGGAUUCCUGCAUUCGUCCUGCCCCCCUGCCAUGCACAAAUCCUGUUUCUGCGUCCGGUUCAUAGCGGAACACACGAAGAUCACCGACGACGCCACCAAAGUCAAAGAAGAUUGGAAAUACGUUGCUAUGGUGUUGGACAGACUCUUCCUGUGGAUAUUUACUCUAGCCGUUUUCGCCGGUACCGCAGGUAUCAUUCUACAAGCGCCCACCUUGUACGACGACCGGAUACCUAUUGACAGAAAAUUUAGCGAGUACCAAACAUACGAUAGCAUAAGGAAGAAACUCAAGAUAGGCCGUUACUAUAAUAACUAAAAAAAUACACAUCCUACAGCUUGUCUCAACGAGAAGAAAUCUAAACUGCCGACGCAAUAUGGAUUAUUGUAAAUUUUAAAUAAUAAUAAUAAUAGCAUUAGUGAUAAUAAGACCAUUUUUUGAGUAAGUUAGACGAUUUACAACCAAUUUAAUUUUACCUUUAAGUUGUGUUGUGUUCCGAUGGAGUUUUUUUCAUAAAAACCUUACAUCGUCGAGGCCCAAAAACAGAGUAAAUAACGUAAAAUUUUAACCCAAUAAAUAAUAUGAAUUCAUAACAAUAUAUUGUAUACAGUUUCAGUAGUAUUUCACGGUUAGGCUGGGUAAUAAUAUUAUUGUUUUAUAAAAAAUUAUGGUUAAUAUUUAUAAAUAUAUCCAUUUAUUCGACAUCAGCGAGUUGUACAAUAAGAGUACAGACAACUACUUGAAGAAGUAGAUACAUAGGUUAAAGUUGAAUUAAUGGGAUUAUUCCGGAUUAUCGUAAAAACGAUUACUACUAGUUACAGUAUUUUUAUCUUUCCGAAAAUCUUCAUCAUAAAAAAAAAGGUUAUUUAAAUGCUGUAUUAAAAAGUUAAUUUUUAAACACAAAAACGCAGAAUAAAUUGUUAAUUACUCAAAAUGUAGAGUCCAAUCCAAAUAAAAUGUAACUUUUUUUUUUAUAAAAAUAACUAAAACGUAUUUAAUUUUUUUCAAUUCAAAAUCAUUCAAAAUCUACGCUGUAAAACAUAAUAAUUUUGGACAACCACUAAAAUAAAUCCAUUUUAUAGGGGUUUUCUUGUUGAACCUGAAUCAUGUCUUAGAUUAUGUUCAGUACAUUGAGAGAUCUUGAAGUCACUUUAAAGUUAUGAAAAACAGACUCAUUUAUGACUUUUUUGUAUACUUUUAGUUUUUCAAAACUUGUAUAAAUUAAUUUUAAUGAACUAAAUUUAAACUGGUUUCAAAUGAAGAUGUUUUAUAACAACUUUUUUUAAACAUAAAAUCUGAAUUUAACUAUAAAAAUCCAUUGUAUUGUAAGUGUUUACAUAUUAUUUAGUGUAACAGACUCAAAACUAAGAAUACAUUUACAAUAUGAUAUUGUACAAUUCUUCAAGAAUGUCAACAACUACCAGUUUUUAAUGUAACAGGUAAAAUAUGUUUAAACAAAAGUUAAUAAAAAUUGAAACAACACAAACUUUUGAGAUAACACCAUGUUUUUCACACACUUGUAUAU